AUAGCAGCCCGAGCUCUCUUGCACUGACACACCCACACAGACACCGGGAAGCAUAUCAGUGAGCUGAUCUUACACGCGCACAUAGUAGCAAGUCGGAAAGGUACGGAGUAGCCAUGGCGAAGAAGGUGGCGGUGAUCGCCGUUCUGCUGGCCAUGAACCUGCUCUUCUUCACCUUCUCCGACGCGUGCGGGUACUGCCCCAGCCCGGGCGGAGGCGGCGGUGGUGGUGGAGGAGGAGGUAGUGGGGGUGGUGGGACUGGCGGUGGCGGCAAAGGUGGAGGCGGAGGCAGCGGGGGAAGCGGCGGUGGAGGCAGUGGUGGAAGCGGCGGCGGCGGUGGAGGAAGCAGCGGCGGAGGAGGGAGCGGUGGAGGUAGUGGUGGAAGCGGCGGCGGUGGUGGAGGAAGCAGCGGCGGAGGAGGUUCAGGAGGCGGCGGACGGGCCAAGUGCCCGAUCGACGCGCUCAAGCUUGGCGUCUGCGCCAACGUGCUCAGCGGCCUCAUCAACCUGCAGCUGGGGACGCCGCCGAAGAAGCCGUGCUGCUCGCUCAUCCAGGGCCUCGCCGACGUGGAGGCCGCCGUCUGCCUCUGCACCGCUCUCAAGGCCAACAUCCUGGGCAUCAACCUCAACGUGCCCAUCGACCUCAGCCUCCUCGUCAACUACUGCGGCAAGAGCGUCCCCAGAGGCUUCCAGUGCCAAUAGACAUCCAUCAUCCCUUCCUUUCCAUCAAUCCACUACACU